CAGCUGUGAUUGCCAGUAUCCUUAUCCAGACAGUGUGUAAUUGUCAUCAGUAGUGUUGUGCUUUAACCUUAUCUGGUGAGAGUUGAAAUACUUUGAAAAAUAUAGUUUAAAACAUGGCUGAUGUUGGGCUUGAACCUGGAUGUGAGUCCAGCAGACUGCAGGCUUUCCUAAAGUCUGGACAACAGUCAGGAAAUCUCAUGUAUUGUACCCUUAGGGAGGCCCAGAUUUUCUGUGAUGCAUUUCUGGUGUCUUCUGAUGGACAUGGAUUUGGAGUUCACAGGGCAUUUUUGGCUCAGAAAAGCAUGGUGAUGAUGAGACUCUUCAGUGAGAGAAACAACAAUGAAAACCAAGUCUACAAGAUUGAUUCUACUGCAGCAGUUCUUGAGAUAGUGCUGAAAUGUGCUUAUGGGAAAGCAGAAGUGCUGUCUCUAUUAGGGGCCCAGGAGGCUUUUGAUGUCUUGAAUGUUGCCCAACAAUAUGGCUUUAAAGUCAUAGAAAAAUCUUGCUGCAAGGUGCUGCAGAAUAGGAUCACCUUGCAGAACUGUUUGCACACCAUGGGGACUGCGACUGCUUUGGGAAAGAGGGAACUGAAAGAGGCUGCUGAGACCUUUGUUCUGAGGAACUUUGAUCAGUUGUACACCAACAGCCCAGAAUUCCUUGAAUUGCCUUUCAAGGAAUUUGAAGCUUUGUUGAUGAACAAGAAGCUGUUUGUCCCAGAAGAGGCCAUGCUCCUGGAUGCUAUGGCUCAUUGGAUGCUGCAUGAUCCACUCAGAGCAAGGUAUUCAUCAAACCUUCUCAGCCUGGUGAAGUUUUGGUGGCACAAGCAGACCACCAGGGGUGAAAGGCACAGAGUCAAGGAGAUUGUACUCAAGUACCCAAGGUUGUGGCAAUGGACUGACUGGGCUGCAGCUGCUUGUGAAGGUCCCCCAGGAUUCAUCCCUUCACCAAACACCUUUCCUGAUGGCACCAGGGUCCCAAGGACAGUAAUAGUGGCCAUUGGUGGCUGGGGAGAUGGUGCACCCACAAAUACUGCAGAAGUGUUUGACUACCUCAACAACUCCUGGAAGGUGGACAAGAGGUUUGCACUUGAAGAAAGGCGCGCAUACCAUGCAUGUCUUGUCAAGGACAAGAAGGUGUAUGUCUAUGGUGGCUUUGAUGGCUCAAACUUUCUCUCCAGCCUCCAUGUCCUUGAUCUUGAUGACAUUGAAGCUGGAUGGGUGGAGAAGACUGGGAUGCACCAUCAGAGGUGCUACAUUGCUGGUUGUAUUUUUCAAGACCAACUAUAUGCCAUUGGUGGGCUUGAUGGUCUGGUCAGGAUUGCCACUGUUGAAAGGUUCAAUGAAGAAUUGAACCAAUGGGAGAUGAUGCCAGACUUGUGCAAGGCAAGAAGUGAUGCCUCUGCUUGUGACCACAAAGGCAAUCUUUAUGUGGCUGGAGGCUUUGAUGGACACAUGGUGCUGCACUCUGUGGAAGUAUUUAAUCCUGAUACAAAGACCUGGAAACUGAUCCAACCUUACAUGUCUUCAGCAAGGUCUGGCCUCAGCAUUGUGAGCUACUCUGGCAGACUAUUUGUCCUUGGUGGCUUUGAUGGCACUUCAAGGACCUCCAGGUCUGAGUGGUUGGAUGAAACCACCAGCCAGUGGAUCCAAGCACCAAAACUCACAUUUGAAAGGUCCAACUUUUCUACAAAGGUCAUUGAGGGAAAGCUGUUUGUCUUUGGAGGCUACAAUGGUCUCAGGACUGUGGAGACAGUUGAAUACUUUGAAGAAGAAGACCCAAAGGAAUCCUCAGAUGAGGAUGAGUUCUAUCAAGGUCUCUACAAGAACCAUUUGCUCUGUGAUGGCACCAUAGUGUCCAGUGAUGGCCACAGUUUCCCUGUACACAGGGCAUUUGUGCACCAUAAGAGUCCUUUUCUUGGCACUCUUUUUUUCAACCCACUUGGAGCAAAAGAAUUGGACCAAGUGAAACUGAAAGCUCUGGACUCAAAGGACUUGAUGGAGUGUCUGACCAUGGUUUACUCUUUACCCACACUGGGGAACCUGGAGAAUUGUUUGAGAUUAGCUGAUAAGUUCUUGAUUAAGCAAGUGAGAGUCAAGUGUGCCAAGAUGCUUGAAAGUCAGCUAAGUGCCAUGAACUGCAUCCAAACUUUUACUUUGGCCAGGAAGCACUUGCAUGAAUUCUAUAAGAUCUCAAAUGAGUGGAAGCAGUUCUCAGCCUCAGAUUUGGCAAAUCUUCUCAGCAGCAAGUGGCUGUACCUUCCUGAAGAGGUUCAAAUCUUGGACAUCAUUGCCAACUAUGUCCUUUCACAGCCAAAAGCCAAGCAGAUUGACUGUGGCAAGUGUCUGCUAACUGCUGUGCGUUUUGGCCUCAUUUGCCUCAACUUCAGUGGCAACCCUGAGAGGGUGGAUGCCCUCAAGUCUUUGUAUCCAUCCCUGAAGCUGUGGACAACUUGGAGACACCUUUUGAUGGAAGAGCUGAGUGGUUUCUCAAAUGAAUACAGCAGUCUUAGGCCUGGGUAUCUUCCAAGAAUGCCAAGAAAGGUGUUGGCCAACAGGUAUGGUGUUUUGACCAUUGGGGGCUGGUCCGGAGACAGGAGCACAAAUGCAACUGAAGCUUAUGACUGUGGUACAGACAAUUGGUUUCAGAGACCAUCCUACCAACUACCACAUACUCUUGCCUAUCAUGGUGUGGCAUCUUUGGGCACCAGAGUCUACAUAUUUGGUGGAUUUGAUGGGACCAACUAUUAUAACUCUGCCUACAUGCUGGAUGUCACCAAGUGCCAAUGGAAAGAGGUGGCUUGCAUGUCCAAGCUGAGAUACAGUGAACAACACAACCAAUGGAGUGCCAUUGCCAAAAUGCACAGACACAGGAGUGAUGCCACAGCAUGUGCUCAUCAAGGGAAAAUCUUUGUGGCUGGAGGCUUUGAUGGAGAGUCUAGCACUGACUCCGUGGAGUUCUAUGACCCUCAGAAAAACAUCUGGACUGUGGUUUCUGCCAUGACACUGCCAUCAAGAGUCUCUGGCUUAUGUCUGACUGUUUGGCAAGGUGCUUUGUGCACUUUGGGGGGCUUUGACUCUGACACCAGGCUCCAAAGUGUUUACAGGUGGAAUGAAGAUGCCCUGAGAUGGGAAUGGGAAGCCAUGAUGCUUUAUCCUAGGCAAGUUUUGAGCACACAAUAG